AUGCAAUCUAGCCAUGCACAGUCACCGCUCGAGGAGCUGAACAUAUUUCUGUUGUCGAUAUUCGAGCAGAUUAUCGACUAUCAUGCGAACGAUCCUCAUGUCCUGAUGGCAUGUAGCCUGACAUGUCAGGCACUCAUUCCCAUGGCCCGAAAGCAUCUAUUUCACUCUGUUGAGCUGAAAACGGCUCACAACUGCAAAUGGUUUCUGGGCAUACUGGAUGGUUCGAAUGCUGCAUGCACAAAGAUCACCGCCUACAUACGCCACCUCUCCCUUUCGCCAUCGCGCAUAUGGAGCACCUUAUGGACGAAGGAAUGGUUGCCCCGCAUUCUACCGCAGUUGAUAUGGGUAGAGUCUCUCAAGAUCCAAGCUGUUCGAUGGAAAGAACUUUCAGUUCAGAUGCAGACAUGCAUCCUUUCCAUGGAUAUUCACACUCUCGACAUGUACGUGCUGUUCAUCCAGCCCAGUGAGCUAUUCUGCAUGCUUUCUGCAUUUCUGCAUCUCGGCUCUCUUCUGGUCUCCUAUGUGAACAUCAGCCAAGAUCCCAAUGAUGCUGCAAAAUUUCCGUUCGAAGCGAUGGAAGGCGUGGAAAAGGAUCCUCUCACUGAGCUGGUUAUUGAUUGCGACGGGAUGUCAGGAGACUAUAACUAUUCCGUGAUGCGCUGGAUAGAACAUUUUGGUCUCAAGCUUGACAUGCGCCAGCUUGUGUUCUGCGAUAGCGUGUACACUCUGCAAGAGGAGUUAAAAGUUCACCACGAAGUUGAACAACAUGCUUCGCCAAGCAGGAGCAUCUCUGGAAAUCCUCAAAGUUUGUUUCUCAGAAGCACUGCUUCCAUCACUCUAGUCUCAAGUUUCAUCUCUAAAUACCUCUCCCAAGUAGGCCCAGGAAAGCUCCGUGAACUCAGAAUAGAGACCUGCCUGCAAUGCGUUAAUGGUGGCCUGAAAGUUGCAGGAUCUAUUGAUUGGAAAGCUCUGGAUGAUUCAUUAGUAGCGGCAAGACACGCGUGUCCCGAGCUUGCCGUGGUCUUCAGUUUUCCCCAGCGUAUAGCCAAAUCACCAUCCCAGUUCCUCGUUGUGGCCCAAGUGAUUGCUGAGCACUUGCCCGGUAUUCGCAAUUGUGGGACACGUCUUGGAUGGGCAUGUGAACCACCUCAUUUGAGAGCUGCUUGGGCUCUCGAAGGCCAAGUGACAUGA